AUGCCAUCCCGAAACAACCCCAACCUCCCCUCCCGCUACAAAGCCCAUGCCCGCUCGCGUCCCUCAUCCUCCGGAAAAUUCCGCAUCGCCGCAACGCGCACAAGUCCGCUAGACCCGGUGCUCAAGUCCUCCGGCCUCGGAGUGUCCCGCGGGAAAACCGUCGCGAGUAAAGCCCAGCGCAAGAAGGAUCGGAACAAGAGUUACGCAAAGGGGAGGGCCGAGAUGGAGAAGGAGUUGGAGAGGGCGAGCAAGGCUGGGGAGGUCGUUAUGAGAGGUGCGUUCCGGAAUCGAAUGUGAAAAGCAGGGAGUGAGGAGUCUAAUCGGGUGGGAUGUGUACGGUAGAUGCCUCUGAAUUACCGGUUUCGAGGAGGCAGGCAAAGCUUGCGGCGAGGGCGGCGGCAGUUCGGGAGGCGAACGCUAAGAAGGGUCAGGAUGAGGAUGGGGUGACGGAGGGUGCUGCGAGGCCGGAGAUGGACGUUGAUUAGAUUCCGGCAGAGGUAUUACUGCCGGGAUUGGUGAGAUAGAAGGCGGAUCCCAAUAACCACAAACACCGUGUAAACAAAAGCUCUUUCUCCCAUUCUUUCCCCUUUUCCCCCUUCUUCCUUCAAAACCGGCAUGCAAUGCUACCACGGACCUGUAAAAUAGCGCAACCAGUUGGCGUCCUCCUUGUAAUUCGGCACCGUAGGAUGCGAUAUCCUUGUACUUGAUCGGCCAUGGCCGUAGUACAGUAUCAGAGCGGUAUCAAAUCCGCCCUCUCCUCUCAGGGCCUGUUCGGGUGACAUAUCCCCCAGACCUUAGCAGCGGUAAAGGGCACUCCCUCGGCCAGUGUGCGCAAAAAAAGGAUGAUAAUGUAAAGUCCGACAUUAUGCAAGAACCCGAAGCCCGAACACAAGAAUAAUAA